GGCCGGCGCCGCGCGUGGAAGCCCCUCUCCCGGAGCGGCAGGGCGCAGCGCGGGAGGAAGGUGCCUUGUGUGGCAGCUCAGGGGCAGAGCCGCCCAGAGGGGCGAGAUCAGAGGUUCUCAAACUGUGGCCCGUGAGCUCCAUUCAGGUGCUUCACACACAGUUCCCUCUAAGGUGCGUGCCUGGGUGGCCCCACACGAGAGAAUGAAGGGCCACCCACCUAAUUAGUGAAGCCGUGAACUAAUUAGGUGCCUGGACCCUGGAGAAGACGUUCAUGUAAGAGAACUUGAGUGAGGACACUGAACUCAAAGAUCCAUAUCUUAUUCCAAGAAAUAUCAUGGCUGAACCAGACUACAUAGAUGAAGAGAACCCUGAACUAAUUAGACCUCAGAAACUAAUCAAUCCUGUGAAAUCAUCCCGGAAUCAUCAGGACCUUCACAGAGAGCUCCUUAUGAACCAGAAAAGGGGUCUUGCACCUCAGAAUAAACCAGAGUUGCAAAAGGUGAUGGAGAAAAGGAAACGAGAUCAAGUUAUUAAACAACAAAAGGAAGAGGAAGCGCAAAAGAAGAAAUCAGACCUGGAAAUAGAGUUAAUGAAACGACAGCAGAAGCUGGAGCAGCUGGAACUUGAAAAACAGAAGGUCCAGGAGGAGCAGGAAAAUGCACCUGAAUUUGUUAAAGUCAAAGGCAACUUGAGGAGGACAGCCCAAGAAUCGGCAGAAGCUCCAGACUCAUAGAGGAAAUACCUGCUAAGACUGUCAACAUUCCAGCAGUGGCUGCAGAGAAAGGCUUCUGCAAAUUGUCUGACCCCUUUGCCCUUGGGAGGGUAGAUAUAUGGCAUCCAGGUGGUGUUUACCGAAGAUGGGUUUUGAAUUCCUGGAACCUGUGUGGAUUAAAAGUCUGCAACAUAAACAGAUCAAACUCGCCAAACACAGUACUGAGACCUGUUUUCAGGUCAGGAUUAUUGACAUGUCUGAAGUGCUUAAUGAGAGUCUUAUCAGGGACAGUAGAGAAACCCUUUGAGUGCUGCACUGCUUGGUUUCUUCUGAUCCCAGUUUAGUGGAGACAUCAAGCUUAUAUUCUGCUUUUAAAUAAAAUAAAAUCUGUGGUCAUAUUUUAUGGAACUUUGCUGUGUGGGGAAGUUCUCACUUUCUGUCCCUUCAGUCUGUGUAAACUCCAUUUUGAAAACGUGGAUUCCUCAAUUUAAUUUUCAUGGGGGUUAAAUGAGUGGUGUGUCCUGGUCAUUGCUGGGCAUCUGCACUGGCUGUUACCACUGGGCAAAUUGGUGCACAGAUAUAGGAAAGUUUAAAAUUCCAGGGCACUGAAAAAGCUAAAAAAAUUUUUAGGACCAAAUUCUGUCUUUGGCAGUGCAUGUAGAAUUUGGCUCUUGGGAGCGCAAAAAUUGGAAUAUUUCCUCUGCUGGGCAAAAAUCAAAGGCUGGUUUCCCCUCUCUCCUCAAAUGCUUCCCUUGCUCCUCCCCCGCCCCCCCAAUAGGGCAAUUACACCGUACAGGCCCAUGUAGCUCCACUGGUGUACCUUUUUCCUGUCAGCUGUUAGUGGGAAAUGAUGCAUCCUCUAGUUUUUAUGUUCUGCUUGGUUUGCUGGCAUGGUCUUUCUCCUCUGAGACCUACAGAUCUAAACUAAGUGUUAACAGAUCAGUAGCAUUAAACUCACAGGACUGACUGUGAGCAUUUGAACUAGGGGCCUUGCUCAGAGCACCGUGAAGACAAUGGGAAUGCUGUGCAUGGAUCAGCUACAGAAUCAGGUUUAAAUGAGACCAAACUAGUUCUCCAAGGCUACUGAUAUGAGAAACUUUCCCUAAUGUUAGGUAAGCUCUGACUUCUCCCAUCUUUUGUCGUCUCAUAAGUUGAUUCCCUUAUUUCAUCACUGAGUCUUAGGGCGAUAUUCUGUCCCCUACACGUAGCCCUGUUGACUUGCCACCGAGUAAGAUGGAACUCGGUCUGAGUAAGGGUGACAGAAUCUGACCCUUAGUGCUUGUGACUACUACUUUCCCCCUGUCAGGAAAGCCUGGAGUUGGAGAGGAGACUGCUCAUGAAGGGUGAGAGCCCCCGCUCGGUUAGGUGUGCACGCUACCAAUGCCUUCAUGGGAGGGAUGUUUAUCCACACCCGCUCAUCGUUUUUGCCCUAGAGCGCUAAAGAGAAAUAAAUGCUCCUUUGUAAUUACAUCUGAGCUAACUGCUUGAGAAUAUUUUCUCUUAACAUCAGGGGUGUGGGGGUGUGUGUGUAACAUGCUGUUUUUCUCUCUUGCUUUUCCCAGGGUACUAGAAGUUUCAAUACAAUUUCAGUAUUGGAUUUAGGACAUAGCAUUCACAAUUAACAGGGUUUCUUAGGCAUAUCCUUCAAGUUGUCGAGAUCAAACUUUUUUUUUUUUUUUUUUUAAAUGAGGACACAAUUAGAUUAGAAGUAAAUUAAAUAUUGGGAAACUUAUUACCAUUAACUUAGAUUGACAGUGCAGUUCACGUUUAGAAGAUUAAAUGUUAGAAGUGGUUUACAGAGCCGUUCAGUCUGUGGUCAUACAAAACGCAAAGGCAAAAUGUAAGACACCACAUUUUGUCAACUCUACCAUAUUGUAUUUUUGGGAAACAGGACCGUAACUGCUGCAGUUUUUUUCCCCCUGUGCCUUUCUUGCUUUGGAAGAAGGUCUUCCUUUCUAGCAGCCAGUCAUUCAAACACACGCUCUGACUGGAUUUGCCUCCUGUCUUCUGUUCAGACAGCCCUAUGCUCCAAUUUUCUGUGCUGCAUCCCCCAGAACAAGGGCAGUUGAAAAUACUCCUUUAGAAAUCAUACCUUGAUGCUUAGCCACUGCUGUUUAUCUUUCUCACCCACUCCCUGCCUUGUGAACUCCUUCAGGUCUGCUGGAUUCCACUUCCACAGGCAGUCUGAAGUCUUCAGAAAUUGAAGAGACAACCUCAUUUUGCUUGACCAGUACAUUGCUUCAGACAAAGCUCAGCCUCUGCCAUUUCACCUCAACGUACGUGGCAACCCUACUACUCAAACUCAAAUAUAAAAGAAAUAGGGCCUAAUCCAAAGCGUGCUGAAGUCAGUGGAGAAGGCUUCCCAUUGACUUCAGUGGACUUUGGCUCAGGCCUUACUGGGAAUACUGGAUGGACAUUUUCCACUUCCCAUUCGUGUUGGUGUAACCAGUUGACUUGUGGUUAAAGGUAGAGUUUCUCUUUCUAAAAGAUGGAAGGCCUGAAUACUUCUUGCAUGUACAGUGUGAAGUAGUUUUAAAAAAAAAAAAUCCAAUUCUGCAUUACUAGACUAAAUAUCAGUAGAAUGACGAUGUUUUUUGUUUUUUUUUAAAUAUCUUAGAAUUCUGCUGCACUUUUGUCUAGGAACCCAAAAGUCAAUUUCAUGUGGAUUUGGCAGGCAAAACUCUGUUUUAUUUAAAUCAGGUCCAACAUUGGUUGAGAUGAUGCAGCCCUUAGAUAGGUGACCAAUUUGUCACACCAGAAAUCCUAUUAAGUCCAGAGGCUACUUGUGUGAAUAUCUGCUCACCAAUGUGAGGAAAGGGAUUUAUGAUCUGGCCCUUAGUUAUGUGAAAUUUUAAGCAAUCCUCUGUGUUUUCAUUGAGCUAUCUUCUUGAAUUAAAAGUGGCUUGCUUUUACCACUUUCUGACUGUAAUAGGGCAAAACUGUUUGUUUGUUUGUUUGUUUGUUU